CAGCAGCAGCAGCGGCGGCGGCAGGUGUCUGCGUGGCUUCACCGCCCGGCUGCUGCUCGGGUGUGUCAUGAGGCAUGUGUUCUAGAGUGGGACCGCGCAAUGGUGUUGUGCUGUGCCCCAUAGCAGGGCGCAAAGCACACAGGCGAGCCGUGCCCUCGCGUGUGUGCGUCAGAGGGUCUUUUUGGGAGGUUCCGACGGUUCCGUGCAAUUUCAUUGGUUGGUCGAUUUUCCAUCAGCAAGAUCCGAAGACGCUUCUUCGAAUUUUUUCCUAUAGGAAAUUUCCGCUUUGACACCCCUAACAGUACUACCCGUACGGAGAGCUUCCCGAGUCGUAGCAUAGAGGUGGCGCCAUGCAUACCACUGGCGCACAUACCGCCACGACGUGGGCGUCCGCCUAAAGAAGCCGCAACACCGGCACUAUACCGGGCACCGGUCCUAUCCAACGCACCCCUACUGCUGUUCGUGUAUACUCGGUCGUCGUUGGUGUGUACCGGAAGAGAAUCGUGUGCGUAUCGAAUGAACUGCCUUUGUUGCGCUCAACUGAUGCGGAUCGCGCCAGGGUAUGCCGAGACCCUGAUGUUCGUCCGGUGCCUCGCCAUGGGCGCCUUCUGGACCUUCGACAACCUCAACUACCUCACCAUCACGGAGACGGUUAACUUCGGCGUGGCGAGAGCAACGAGGGGAUUCUCCCGAUCAUGGUCCGUGUCGAGUGCCCUAGCCAUCAUGCUCGGCAUCGACUCUCUAAGAAAGGUGCCACUGAGGGGUGGAAGCUGCGGUGUGGUGGAGCGGCAGCGGCAGCGUGACGGAGAUGGAGAUGGAAAGGGAGAUGUGGCGGGGCUGCGAGAGGCCCUUAGACAAGCAAACGCGGACCACUUCAAGUCAUGGCUAAUGGUGCUCAAGGGAGCCCUGGACCUGACAUGCGCCGUCAACGUGACCGGCAUGGACCUCCCCAAGCGACUCCUCGGGCGUAAGCUUAACGAUGGUAUUGUCGGGGCGGCCGGUUGCGCCUCCGCCCUCUGCGUGUUGUACAACAACUGGCCCUCGCGGCAGCAGCAGCAGCAGCAGCAGCAGCAGCAGCAGCAGCAGUGGCUGCUGCAGCGAAAACAAGAGCUGUCCCACCAAGGAGCCGGGGUUGCAAUACAGCCGAGUGCGUCGAGGUGAUGCGCAUCAUCGACAGAGUGGAUAGACGGCUCUGCUGUGGUUCUACGCUAGAGUCGUGUUGGGGCAACGGGGGUGAUGAGGGCCAGGAAUCCAGCAGCGACAGGAGGAAGUGGCGGAUCUCGGCGUUUUUUUCUUUGUGUGUGGAAUGUGGGAGUGUUUCGCCUAUGUUACAGUUGUGGGUGUGUAGUGUGCAAGCGAGGCGUGCAGAGCUUGUGUGCGUGUCACGUAUAUUCCGAUGCUUACUGAUGUCUUUGUAUUUCCAGGCGCUUUUUGUGUGGUGUGUGGGUGAUGGACGGUGACUGGUGCGAAAUGGGGGGAGCGCAAUGUGUGGGGUGCACGUAUCAUGUGACCCUCUGUGCGUUUAGACAACCAUAUUCGUUUUUAUGAGUUUUGUGCGCAUCGGCGGUGACCGUAGAGAGUGUUGUCCUUGUGAUGGCAGUUCGUGUCGCCUUGUAUCACCAAGCUAAUAGUUUCGUGAAGUUUCAAGGGUAAGAGUAAAACAAGCCGUCGGUGAAGGCCACAUGCUGAUCGCGUCUGAGCUGUUCAGGAAACCUCGGGAAAGUAUGAGUUCAUCCAAUUAUCCCCGGGCUAAAUCACGCAUGUAGAGAUAUUAUUUGUUUUCGGAGAGAGGUCGUGGAGAUGCAAGUGCGUGUAAAGGCGUAGCAUUUCCUACAUGUGGUAAAAUUCCCCCGCCAUGCCGAUGCUAGGCAUGCAUGAUGUGUAAUUACCACGCACGCCACGCCGAGGUCUUGAAAAUUUCGUUUUCGAACCCUACUUACCGGGGAGGGUACCACACACCAAGGUUCACACGCGGUGUUAAGGGUUUUUCUAUGAAGCGUCGGAAGAAUUGCCAGUUAAUCACGAGUCGGGCAGGGAGGGGAUAGAUACACGCCGUUUUGGUUUCUGGCGAAGAAGCAUCCUUCUAUCUGUCACCGACGGAAGCUUUCUUUUGUCCCUCUUUGUUCUGUCCCACGUACGCUUGGUGUGUUUUGUUCGUUUUCG